UUUAUUGUAUAAUUAUUUUACUCCGAAACGCCUCCUGUUGACCGGGGCCUCAAGAGCAGAGGAGAGCUAUAAAUAUAUAUGGGCUUGAAUUUUUGAUGUUUGCUUUCGGGUUUUUUUUAUGAGUGGCAAACAGAAAGCAGCGCGAAAUAUAAAAUAAAAGCGGGCAGAGUAAAUGUAUAAUUUCGUUGAUAUGGUUAUCGUGCGCGACAUUCUUUUAAUUGUGGCUAAAAAGCGGUACCGCCCGGUUCGUUGAUUUCAUUAGCGUUGAAUCAGUUUGAAGAUGAAGAUGGUCGAUCAGCGGGCACACGAACCGGUGUUAGUGUUGCCAAGAACCCUCCAUUGGGCACUCUUCUUACUCACGUUUCUUGUGGCAAAUCCCUAUACCUUGGCACAAUUAUUUUCGGUGGAUAGCAGUGGCCUGGGCAUUUCGCUAAUGGAAUCGGUGGCCAUGGCCCUGAAUGCCUCCAGUCUCGCCCUGGCCAACAACACAGCCUGGCCGGUGCAGCACAAUCCACCCGAGGAUCAAUUGGAGAUCGAGAGCUACGACUAUAUAGUCGUGGGUGCAGGAAGUGCCGGCUCCAUUGUGGCCAGUCGAUUGAGUGAACUGUGCCGGGUGAAGGUUCUGCUGCUGGAGGAGGGACAACUUCCGCCGCUGGAAUCGGAAAUCUUUGGCCUAAGUGGAGCCCUGCAUCACGACGAGCGGUACAUGUUCCUCGAUGAAGCUGCACCCAAUCCCAAGUGCUGCCAGGCGAUGGCAUCCGGACAUGGCUGCGUCUGGUGGCAUGGCCGCAUGAUGGGCGGUGGUGGAGCCAUCAAUGGCAAUAUCUACAUUCCCGGCAGUCGGGCGAACUUCAGGAACUGGAAUACAACCGGCUGGGAUUGGCCACAGGUCCAGCAGACCUAUACUCGCCUCCAGCGACGCCUCAAUCUCUCCUAUCUUCAGGCGAAUAGUCUCAACCUGAAGUUGGCCAAUCUCAUCUACUCGGGCUCCUCGGAAUUGGGUGUUCGCCGGAUGAAGCAGCCCUUGAUAGCGGGUUCCACCUUCGGUUACACCCAUCAUGUGCCCGUGACCAUCAACCAAGGUCGCAGGGCCAGCAGUGCUCGUUUGUAUUUGGCCAAUGAUCGGGUGAAUAGAAGACCGAAUCUCAAAGUGAUACGAGGUGCCCAAGUUCAGAGGGUGCUCAUAAAUCCAGAGGGAAACCAGGCCACUGGUGUGGUUUAUACCCUAAAUGGUGUGGAGCACACGGCGAAAGCCUCGGGAGAAGUGAUCCUGAGUGCUGGAACCCUUAACUCCGCCAAGUUGCUGCUGCUUUCGGGCAUCGGUCCACGGGAGGAGCUUCAAAAGUGGGAUAUACCCAUCCAUCAGGACCUGCCAGUGGGUCGUAAUCUCCAGGAUCAUGGCAUGCUGCCGCUGUUCCUGCUCUUCGGCUCAAAUUGUGCCGUGAAUAGUACUCGCGAUCCCACAGACAAUCCCUAUGCUCCCAUUUCGGUUACCAAAUAUCUAUUGGAAAAUCAACAGGGUCCUUUGGCCAGCGGCUUCUACAUGAUGGGCUACAUCAACUCCAGUUCACCGAGCUCCACCCUCGGCGAACCCGAUCUCCAUGUGGUGGCCCACACUCUUCUGCCAAAGGGAAGUACCGGGAGCUUUGGCUACUUGGGUUUCCGGUCGGACUUGAUUGAGGCUCAGCAAGAUGCCCUGAAGAAAUGGGAUCUGCUGCAGAUUAUGGGUUCGCUAUUGCGUCCUUUAUCACGCGGAAAAGUGAGUCUCUCCAGCAAGGAUUCCUCGGACCAGGCCAAAAUCGAGAACCACUAUGGCGAGGCUCUAGAGGAUCAGCAGACGCUACUCCGCUAUGUGAGAUACAUUCAAGGGCUGACCAAUACCCGAUCUUUCCGCCGAUGUGGCCUACGUUUUUGGAUGCCUCCACUCGCCGAAUGCGAUAUAUUGAUACCCGAUUCGGAUGACUAUUGGCUGUGCUACAUCCGGUACUUCUAUGUGGGCGCCUGGCAUUCCGUGGGCACCUGCCGCAUGGAUUCCCAGGAGGAGGGGGGCGUGGUGGAUGAACGACUGCGGGUUCAUGGUGUCAAAGGACUUCGCGUGGUGGAUGCCAGCAUAAUGCCGGAAUUGCCGGCGGGUAAUACGAAUGGACCUGCCAUGAUGAUCGGGGAGAAGGGAGCCCAAAUGAUCCUCGAGGAUCGGCAGGAGGAUAAUGAGGUGCUCCAGGAAUGCUGA